GUGAGACGAGACAAGAUCAGAACCAUUGAGAACCUACAUGUCUUGCCAGCACUGACGAAGCUCUCUUUGCCUUGCCAUGUGAUCGAGAAGCUCGAUGCAGUCGUGCAUGCGGCACAUCUGCAGUCACUGAUCCUCUCGCACAACAAGAUCCAGAAGAUUGAUGUCUUGGAAAAGCUUUUCUCGAAUCUCAAACUUCUGCACACCUUCGCCUUGUCAGACAACAAGAUCGUUGAUGUGAAUGAGCUGAGGAAGUUCAAAAGUCUGCCCAAUCUUUCAAAUUUGUCACUCAGGGGCAAUCCUGUUUCGGAGCAACCGCAUACUAGGUCGUUCGUGAUUUAUACUGUCAAACAUUUGGACAUCUUGGAUGAUCGGGAGAUAGACUGCCAGGAACGGCAGCAAUCAGUGGAGAGGUUUGAAAGAAUGGACGUCGAAGCCUUGGAAAACAAU